AUGGAGCGUCCGCGAAACCAACAGCCGCGGCCGCCAAGAGGGAACAAUCGCGGCGGUCGUGGUGGCAGAGGCGGUAGAGGAGGUGGUGGACGAGGUGGACGAGGUGGAGGCCAGGGCCACAGAGCACCAGCCACGCCGCAGCAGGCGGCCGGCACCGUGCCUACGAUCCGAGACGUUGCCCCCGGCGCCGGUGUCUUUAUAAUUCUCAAGGAAGACCAGCCUACGGGGAGAGAAACGCGCGGUGUGGUGGGUGAGGUGCUCACGUCGGGCAACCAUCCGCGAGGCAUUAAGGUGCGCCUGCGCGGAGGCCAAGUCGGCCGAGUACAGCGCCUGGACAAGACAUCAGCCGAGGAUGCGGAUCAUGAAGAAAGACGGCUCGCCGGAAGCGAUACGGGCUCGUCGAAUACGCGGACGCAUGCUGGCCCUGCGCGCGGAGGAGGAGGAGGAGGAGGAGGCGGUGCAAGAUUUUCGCAUCGAUAUACGGAUGUGCGCAACGACGACUACCUGGAAGGACCGCCGGAAAGAAGCUUGGCGGAUUUUCUACCAGCUGGAUUUGGGGUACCUGAAGCUUCUUCCGAAAAGAUGGCAGCGCCGACGGUUCGUUGCCCAAUGUGCGAGGAUUUUGAGGGUGACGAGGCGGCAGUGACGCAUCACUUGGAUCAAGUGCAUCUCGUUUGA